AUGUUGUCUAGAGUUGUUCUUUAUUUCAUUUCAGCUACUUGGCUCCGAACGUUAGUCCCACUACUCACCCCCGUCUACUGGACAACAGCUUAUGAAAUUGGCCAGGCUGUUAAUGGCUUCAGCCUCACCGAUGGUUUUUUCCGUAAAGAGACUCAGGUUUCUUUUGCUACUGGGGAAGUGUUACAUAUGACACAUGUAGCAAGAGGAUUGGAUGCUGAAGGUGUGUUACUGAUAGAUGUUGUCAUCAAUGGAGAAGUGCCAGUGUUUGCUCCUGACACUCAAGUAGAGAUUGAUCCUUAUGAAG